AUGAUGAGAACCAGUGCUUCGCAGUUUGAAGUGAUGAUAGAUUUUAUGGAGAGGAAUGGUGACUUAAAUAAGUCAAGCGAUGGCCCUAGCGGCAGGCUAAGGGCCGUUGACAAGUGGCAAGAGCUAGCGAAUGCUUUCAACUUGGACACGACGGGGACUUCCAAGCCGGUAGAAAAGUGGAAAAAGGUGUGGAGUGACCUUAAAAAUAACACUAAGCGGAAAGCUUCUAAAAUUCACCGAGCUGCAGGUGGCACAGGUGGUGGGCCAGUGUCUAAAUUAAUUUUAACUGACCAGGAGCAGCGAGUCCUUAGCAUCAUAGGACCCCAGGCUGCAACUGGUCUAGUUUCAGUGCAAGAAGUUAGUUUAGAAGUAAUCAUUUUUUAUAUAUUAGUUGAUUACCUUAGCUUUAAAUUUAUGCAAAUUUUUCCCAUGGAAACA